GUAAUGGUUUGUGAUGUAACUCCUCCUCCUCCGCCCCGCUCACUGCACGCGAUGACGCAGCGUUACGUCACACGUAAGAGUCGAGUCCCGAUGCUCCGUGAGUCCGGACCAGUUGCACAUAGAGACCAGCUGCAGCAUGAGGGGGCUCUUAGUGCUGCUGCUCUCUCUGGCCGCUGAUGCCCAGAUGUUCGGCACCCUCAAGUCUCCAGGCUUCCCUGAUCCUUAUCCCAGAGACACGGUUCUCCGCUGGAACCUCAGCGUUCCUGAUGGCUUCCACAUCAAACUCUACUUCAGCCACUUCCACCUGGAGCCGUCCUACCUGUGUGAAUACGACUACGUCAAGGUGGAGGCUGAAGAGGAGGUGCUGGCCUUGUUUUGUGGGGGGGAGGAGACAGACACGGAGGCGGUACCGGAUCAAAAGAUCAUCACCUCCUCCAGAAAUUCCAUGAGCCUCCUUUUCUCCUCUGACUUCUCCAACGAGGAGCGCUACUCUGGCUUCAUGGCUCACUACAGCGCUGUGGACGUGGACGAGUGCAGUGAGCGGACUGACGAAGACCUCCUGUGUGACCACCUCUGCCACAACUACAUCGGGGGGUACUACUGCACUUGUCGCCAUGGUUACCUGCUGCACUUUGACAACCGCACCUGUCGAGUGGAGUGCAGUGACGGUGUGUUCAGGGAACGCUCCGGAGAAUUCAGCAGCGUAGAUUUCCCGUCUCCCUACCCAAAAAGUUCAGACUGUUCGUACCGAAUCGAGGUGGACCCGGGCUUCAGGCUCUUCCUCCAGUUCGACCCCCGCUUCGACGUGGAGGACCACCCUGACAUCAGCUGCCCCUACGACCAUGUUAAGAUCACAACAGGAAGCAAGGAGUUUGGUCCGUUCUGUGGUAAUCAACCGCCAGCUGAGAUUCAGACGGACAGCAACGUUGCCACCGUCUUCUUCCACAGCGACAACUCAGGAGAGAACCUGGGCUGGAGGAUCACAUACACAUCUACAGGAAGUAAGUGUCGGGCCCCUGAAGCCCCGCCCAAUGCCCUGCUGACUCCCGUCCAAUCCGAGUACUCCUUCAAGGAUCACAUCAUAGUCACCUGUUCACCUGGAUUCACACUGACGAAGGAUGGAGAGGAUCUGGAUUAUUAUCAGUUGGAGUGUCGGUCUGAAGGAUCAUGGAGCAGCAGUCCUCCUCACUGUCAGAUGGUGGAUUGUGGGAGUCCGAAGGUGGUCUACAUGGCCCACUUGGUGUUUGGGAGCGAUGACAACAGCACCAAGUUUGGAUCAAGUGUUGAGUAUGUUUGCAGAGAAGACUUCUUCCAGCUCAACAGCAGCAGCAGUCUCUACAGCUGUGCUUCUACUGGAGAAUGGCUGAACUCAGAAUCAGGGACCCGUCCACCUACCUGUGUACCAGUCCCUCCAGCAUGUGGCCGGCCCUCCCGCCUGCCCUCCCCUCAUGUGAAGCGGAUUGUAGGGGGUCGGCGGUCCGAGCCCGGCCUGUUCCCCUGGCAGGUCCUGCUCAGCGUGGAGGACCUGUCCCGGGUUCCUGAGGACCGCUGGUUCGGAUCCGGAGCCCUGCUGUCCCCGUCCUGGGUCCUCACAGCGGCCCACGUCCUGAGGUCCCAGAGGAGGGAUGCCAGCGUGGUCCCUGUAGCCCCCGAGCACGUCCAGGUGUAUCUGGGUCUCCAUGACAACACAGACAAACGUCUGGCCACCAACCGUACGGUGGAGAAAAUAUUCCUCCACCCGAACUUCCAACCGCACAACUACAAUAACGACAUCGCUCUGCUGAGGCUGGAGGAGCAGGUGGAGUUUACUGAGGUCAUCCGACCUGUGUGUCUGCCUCCACCUAAAAGACAGGGUGACCCCCCCUUACCUCCCCCAAACUCAAUGGGUGUGGUUGCUGGAUGGGGAAUCUCCAACCUCAACGCCACCUCCUCCGGUGACCCCAUCAAGCUGUCCGCCGAAGCUGGGAUGACCUCUGACCUUUUGCAGUACGUCAAGCUGCCGGUGGUUUCUCAGGACGAGUGUGAGGGGAGCUACGCCUCACGCUCUGUCAGCUACAACAUCACAGACAACAUGUUCUGUGCCGGUUUCUUGGAGGGGGGGAGGGACACUUGUCUGGGGGACAGCGGGGGGGCUUUUGUGAUGGAGGACGGGGUGAGCAGGAGGUGGGUGGUGUUUGGAUUAGUGUCAUGGGGGGGGCCGGAGGACUGCGGAAGUCAAAGGGUCUACGGAGUCUACACACGAGUGGCAAACUAUGUGGAGUGGAUACAGAAGCAGCUUGACACCAACCCGUGGUGAAGAGACAGGUGGAGAGACGGGUGAAGAAACGGGUGAAGAGACGGGCUUAGAGACGGGUUUAGAGACGGGUGGAGAGACGGGUGGAGAGACGGGUUUAGAGACGGGUGGAGAGACGGGUUUAGAGACGGGUUUAGAGACGGGUGGAGAGACGGGUGGAGAGACGGGUUUAGAGACGGGUGGAGAGACGGGUUUAGAGACCGGUGGAGAGACGGGUGAAGAGAUGAGGAAAUAACAGAGACACAAGGAGAGGCAUCCAACCUCAACUCCUCCAACAUCCAUCCUCCAACAGAUAAAUAUCCCCUGUUAUAAGUACUGUAUGCACAAGUACACACAUAAGAGUCCUCUCUUUCAAUCAAUGAUGUGUGUUAAUGCUGGAAUUAUCCUUUAUAAAAAGGAUUAAUAAUAAACUUUUUACAA